AUGCUUCCUGUCGUCCUAUAUUCCCAUCCUUAUGGGCCAAAUCCUUGGAAAGUGGCUAUCAUCAUGGAGGAGCUGGGCCUCCCUUAUGAAACCCGUUUUGUUAACUUCACCGAGGUCAAGCAAGAACCAUACAUCAAUUUGAACCCCAACGGUCGCCUCCCCGCAAUCGAGGACCCGAACAAUGCCAUCACUUUAUUUGAAUCUGGCGCCAUAGUCGAAUACCUCGUUGAUAACUACGACCCUGAGAACGCAAUUCAGUACAUUGACCUCCAUCGCAAAUAUGAAGCCAGAGCAUGGCUCCAUUUCCAAAUGUCUGGCCAAGGCCCGUACUAUGGCCAGGCAGGGUGGUUUGCUCGUUUCGCGCCCGAGCGAAUUCCGCUCGCCAUUGAGCGUUAUGGGAAUGAGAUUCGGCGUGUGACCUCCGUUUUGAACAAUGUGUUGAGAAACCGUGAAUGGUUGGUGGGUGAUAAGUGCACAUAUGCUGAUCUGUCGUUCAUGCCCUGGCAGCGGUGGGCGAAGCGCUAUGCUACCGACCCCGAGACCCUGGAUGAAGAAUUUCCUCACGCGGCAGCAUGGUUCAAACGGUUGAGCGAGCGUCCUUCGGUUAGGAAGGCAUUUGGGGAUCAAGAUACGGCUAUUGAGAAAGCGGAGAAAGAAAAGACUGCUAUCUAA